AUGGUAUUAAUCUCCCUCCAUGUCAAAUUUUCAUACUCAUUACUAUUUCAAGGAGACGGGAAAACUGACUGUGGAGAUGGUCGAGUGCCAACAGUCUGCUCCUCAAGAGCAGGGCAGGGUAUGGAGGGGGGAGCGAUGUUGGCUGAUGGAACUAAAGCUGUGAUCUUCAUGAAAGUUUGCUCUACCUGUGGCUACGUCUCUAAGGAUAUGUGUGACCUUCGAAAGCACAUCAGAAUCCACACAGGCGAAAAGCCAUAUGUGUGUUUAUAUUGUCCUUAUCGGUCAGCUCAAAGCAGCAAUCUGAAAACUCAUAUGAGGAAGCAUCACCCAGAUGUUAUACCAGCGAAAGGCAGUGGUGACAAGGAUGUGAGUGGCACUGGGAGACGUCUCCAUCACAGCUACAGACUUCCAACCCACUUGCAUUUCUUGGAGGGCACUUCUGCCCAAACAACGGUAGGGCAGCCCAAUACCACGGAGAGAAUACUCAAGACAGAAGAGGAGAGCGGACACCCUGAUGCCCAUCCUGCUAUGCGAUCCCUGGCUCCCCUAAACCUUCAGAUGUACUCAGUAUCCCGGCCAGGCCCUGGUCAUGCUUGCUUCCUUUGUGGCAAAACUUUUGGACUGAAGCAUAAUCUGUAUCGUCAUCUAAGAACCCACACUGGAGAGAGACCUCACCAGUGUCCUCACUGUGAAUAUAGAGGAUCUCGCCGUUCCCAUGUGCUAACUCACAUAAACAGAGUUCAUCAACGGCAAGACCAGCCUGAAAAACCAAAUUCAUCUUCAGAAUCUACAAGUGUUUCUCUCCCAACUUCUAGACCAAUAUAA